UGCUUGGCACUUGUCAGUUGUCGAAGUCUCUUUCAUUUCAUGACUACAAAUUAAACUCCCUGACUCACUGUCACACAACAAUGGAUCCCAGUUCAGCAACCAAAACCUAAACCCCCAAUUCUUAAACGCUGCGUUUCUACCUUCUUCUUCUUCUCCUUCCCAAACAACAACACUCUCUUCACACCACUGAUCACUCUCUGCAAGAAUCAGCACACAGCAUUCAACCCCCAGCAUUUCCAGCUUUUGGGAAAUGGGUGAUGACUGUGAUACUGAUUCACAUGCCCCAUUAGAUAUUGAUUCUAGUGGGUGUCACGAAAACUUCAUCCCUCAUUCACUGGAAGAAUGUAAGGCUGAAAUCCUUUCUUUUGAUGAAAAUGAUGAUGUUGAUGUGCCCCAGCCUGGGAUGAUAUUUAGUUCGGUGGAUGAAGUCAGAUCGUAUUACAAAAACUUUGCCGACCGAUUAGGCUUCCGCAUCAAGAUUAGAACCUCGAGAAAGGGGCGUGAUGGCAGAGUUAAAUACAUAAGACUUCAAUGCACUGGAGCUGCGGGAGAUAGAGGGGGUAAUAAAGGAGUAAGAAAUACUUGUAGCUACAUGAAACCAAAUUGUGAUGCCAAGAUAACCGCGAUGUUGUCUAAAGAUGGAACCUUCCGAGUAAACACAGUUACACUCAGUCACAAUCAUGAAUUGAGUUCACAUGGAAUCUUAAAGAGUAUUGACAUGCGUGGUAAGAAGAUACUGGGUCAGAUGAAGGUAGACAUGUGUGUUAAGAUGACAUCAAGCCAAAAUGACAGCGGAAACUACCCUAAGAAAAUAAGGCAUUUGAUUGGGGAGAAUGGAGAUAGUGAAUCCCUUCAAAAGUAUUUGGUAAGGAUGCAGAAACAAGAUAGCAACUUCUUCUAUACAGUUGACGUUGAUGAUUUCUUCACCGUGAGGAAUGUUUUUUGGGCUGAUGGGAGAAGUAGGGCUGCAUAUGAAUCAUUUGGUGAUGUGCUGACAGUUGAUACUACAUAUCUCUUUAAUCAAUACAAAAUGCCACUUGCAACUUUGGUUGGAGUAAACCAUCAUGGGCAAUCUGUACUUUUUGGUUGUGCGCUGUUGUCAAGUGAAGACUCAGAGUCAUUCGUUUGGCUGUUUCAAUCAUUGCUACAUUGCAUGUCUGGUGUUCCCCCACAAGGAAUCAUAACAGAUCAUAGUGAGGCCAUGAAGAAGGCGAUUGAAACUGUGCUCCCAUCCACUCGACAUCGUUGGUGUUUAUCAUAUAUAAUGAAAAAACUUCCCCAAAAACUACUGGGAUAUGCUCAGUACGAGUCCAUAAGACAUCAUUUGCAGAAUGUUGUGUAUGAUGCAGUCGUAAUAGAUGAGUUUGAGAGGAACUGGAAGAAAAUUGUGGAGGAUUUUGGCCUUGAGGACAAUGAAUGGUUGAAUGAAUUGUUUCUUGAGCGCCAUCACUGGGUUCCUUCCUUUGUAAGAGGUAAUUUUUGGGCUGGAAUGUCUGUUAAUCUACAUAAUGAAAGCAUGCAUGCGUUUUUUGAUGGAUAUGUAAACCAGCACACAACUUUGUUGCAAUUUAUUGAUCAAUAUGAUAAUGCUUUGCAAUACAAGGCAGAGCAGGAGUAUGUAGCUGAUGUACAUUCAUCUUGUAGCACUCAGUCUUGUAUUACCCAUUCUCUCAUUGAGCGGCAGUUUCAAUCUGCAUACACUAAUGCAAAAUUUCAAGAGGUUCAAGAUGAGUUUGGUGGAAAGGGUGAUUGUAACGUUUCUGUUGACCGAGUCGAUGGUUCUGUUUGUCACUAUAAGGUAAUUGAAGAUCGGAUAAUAGGUGAUAUGCCUAGGGAAUAUGUGGUUGAAGUAACUUAUGACAGAGUAAAUUGUGAUGUAAAGUGUGAUUGCCGCCUGUUUGAGUUCAGAGGGAUACUUUGUAGGCACUCACUUGCCAUACUGUCACAAGAACGAGUGAAGGAGGUACCGGAUAGAUAUGUUUUGGAUAGGUGGAGGAAAAACAUGCGGAGGAAGUAUGUUUAUGUCAAAACCAGUUAUUGUGUUCAACACCUUAAACCUCAAAUGGAAAGGCUUGAAUUGUUAUGCAAUCAAUUCAAAAGUAUUGCUGUAUCCGCGGCUGAAUUUGAGGAAACAAGUUCUUUUGUAAAUGUUACACUCUGUAACUUGAAGGAGAAACUUGAAGCUUGGGUGCCUCAUUUUGGAAACUCAUCUCAGGUGGACAUGGAGGAAGGUCAGUACAUAAGCUCACCCUAUGGUGCUGGAGAUGUACUAAUAUGAUGUAUUGUGAUUAGUAUGUUUUCUUAUUCUCUUCCCCCAAGUUUAAUGUACUCCCCUCUUCUUACUUAUCUGUGAUUAAGAGAUGUAAUUAAUUUCAA